CCUACUGUACUAAGCAUGGACUGAUAGAGGCAUCGCAUAUACUAUAUAUGCAUGUCGAAAAUAUUACCAUGUAUUAUGGUUGAUAAAGUUUAGUAUCUGGUCAUGAGCCAAUGACACUCAACAUCAAGACAAAAUGUCUGGCUGACCGCAGGUCACAAUGUGACUUUAAUAUAAUCUGCGUUUUCAUGCGCGCAAUUUGCUAUGCUUGCUUCGUGCUGCAUGCUAGUUUAUUAUUUUUUAUUGUAUAGUUUGUUCGACCCUUAACAUGGAAGCGAUUUCCAUGUUUUUCCGAAACGGUGGUUGAUUUCGCCGGGAUACACAACGUUAUUUCCCAAAAGACCGCAAAAGACCGAACUCGUCAUAGUUCAACUAGAUCUGGCGCUAGAUGGCAGCGUGAUACUUGAUGUCACUGUGGAUAAUUAAACCGAUUUUACCACUGAUGCCACCGACCCAUGUACACUUAGUAUUCCACGACAGGUAUGUAACAGCUGAUCUGUGGCCAUGUUGCUUGCGGGAGAAAUGGCGCCACUUUGUAAACGUCGAAAAUGAAAGUAUUCGUGGCUCAAGUUUUGUGAUAAGUUACUGCAGUGAUGGAGGUUAAGGAUUUCUGGAAAACACUUAUUCCUUCCAAGUAUGUAACUAUAACGAAGUGUUAUUGUGUUGCGCAGAAGCCUAUAUUGAAAAGUUCCGGUGUGGAAAUUAUAAUUUGUACAGUUCAUGGUGAAGUUUUGGAAUUUUCUGGUUGUCAUAUUGUUGGUAUCUGUGAAAUCUCGGUCUUUGAUCCAAAGAGUAUAACAAUUUUCACAACAUAUGACUUUAAAUGUAACAUAUUUUACAUUAUCGAGUCUGGAAAUGGAAUCAUAAUUUUGUCUAGGGAAAGAGGAUUGAAGGUUAUGGAAGAGUAUGAAGAUGUGGAAAAGUUCAUGGUGAGUGACUUCUCAAAUGCUGGGUUUCCUCAACUAGGGAUCUGGACAAAGAAUGAUAAAGUGUCUUUAACACCAAACAAAAUUGUAGACUUUAAGGAACAUGGUAGCAUGUGCUCAGAUGACUGUAACAUCUCUAACAUUCUGCAUGAAAAAUAUCAGGAACUAACUAUGAAGGUUGAAGAAUAUGAACAUAAACUACAAAUAAAGAAGCAACUGAGGAUACAUAAUUGUGAAGUUGUUGGUCACAGAAAUAAGAUUCCAUUUUCUUCAGGAUCCACAUUGGUAUGGCUGGUUGGUCAAGAUGGUCCUGAAGACUUUGAGCCAAAAGAACACCUUGACGUAGUGCCUGCACUUCAAAUUAGAGAAACGUGGCAAAGGAUACACAAUGGAAAGUGGGUGGUAGGAAUCACCAUAUGUAAUAAUGGAGAGAGGGAUCUACUGGAUAUUCAGUUGAUACUGAUGUGUUCCAGCGAAGAGAAAAUCACAUAUACUACAAAACUGAUGAUGUACAACAGUGAAGAGGAAACACCAUCUCCAUGUAAGCGACCAAGAACAUGCAAUAGUGUUACCACUUGGAACAAAGUAACUGUCCUCAAGCCUGAAAAGAAAGCAGUGCUCAUAGGAAUUUUGGAAGCACCAAAGUUUGUGGACAAAGCUAUUGUAUCCUUGUCUGGAGCAAUAACAUACAAACUUAAACAGGAAGAAACUACAGAACAUCACAUACCAGUUUCCCCUUUCCAUUUCCGAGUGGAAGAUUUUUCAAGAAGACUAGGAUCUCCAUUCACAUCUGAAAUUACAGAGGCAGAUCAACUUUGUGUUUUGGUGACCAGCUAUAUUGUUACAUUACCUGUUGUUUUUAUAUCAAAUUUUGAACCUUCACUCCGAAAGUUACUUAUAUAUGAGCUGAAGUUCAGCGAGUUUCCUGUCAUAGGAUGCCUCUUCCAUAAGGGCACCUUGUUUUUGGAGCUUGCUGGUAUCAUGCUGCAUAUGGAGACAGUAUCAGAUCUGAAGUACAACCUUACAGUUUGUGCAAGGGAUGUCCAGCAGGUGUACCUAUUGGCUCACUGCAUGUACGGUGUGUUGUCUGCGCCACAUAUGAUCCUGUAUCCACCACAUAUGCAGGCAAAGUCCCUGCAUGAUGGUUUGAACCUGAAUUUGAAGCAUCUGCAGCAGGAGUUCAGGCUAGUACUGGAGCAGCUGAAACAGUAUGUGACAGGACAUCAUAAGUCUGAGAUCUGCAUGUCAAUGGAAGAGUACUCCAGGUUCCGAUCACAACUCUCAAAACUAGAGAUGAAUACAGACACAGCUUUUGUGUGAGACAGAUUGUUACAAGUGUAUAAUAUAUGCUAAAAUGAUAAAAUUAAAUGUAACUAUACUUCAAAUGGCAUAUGUAUGAAUGUAAUUAAUCAUGGUGUUAUAUUAGCAAGUUCAUUUAAAGCGGCCUCCGUAGUCUAGGGGUAACGUUUC